GACACACAAUUUUUAUUGUCAAAAAGUAUUUAAACAAACAAAAGUUUUUUUUUUUUUUGAAAAACUUUAUACAUUUAGUUAAAAAGGAAUUUUCAUCGUUUUUCUUGUGGAAACUGUGAGAUCACACUGCCAACAUGCAAGUGUUUGAUAAUACCUUACGCCGUGCCUCCAGACGCGCCUCACUCAGACGUGGCUCAAUUUCGGUUUUGCCCCAAAAAUCUGCCGAAAUUCCCUGGGAUAUUUUGGAGCGUCUUUUCAUGCCAUGCCUGUUCUGUCAUGCAGCUGCUAUUAUCAUUUCCAAUACCUUGCAUGCCAUGAGCAUUUCAUCCAUCUCAACAUUUGCCGUUUUUGUGUGGUUUGCCCUGUCAACCGUGGGCGCUGUACUAUUCUAUCAUUUCGUUAAGGUUUCCGCUUCCGGCAAAGGUGUCUUGAUUACUGGCUGUGAAGCUCCCAUUGCUUGGUAUUUGGCUAAGAAAUUGGAUGAUUUGGGCUUUACCGUUUAUGCUGGUUUCAACACACCCAUCGAAGAAUCAGAUGAAGCUAAAAUUUUGAAAGAAGAAACUUCUGGUCGCAUGAAAUGCAUUUAUCUUGAUGUCACCUCGGAAAAAACUCUUUUGGAAGCCGCUUUAUUUGUCUCCGAACAUUUGCCUCACAAUUCUCAUGGUAUCCCCGCUAAAGGUUUGUGGGCUUUGAUUCAUUGUGCCCACUGGGUUGCUUUGGGAGAAUUGGAAUGGAUUCCAUUUGCUGUAUUGCGCAAGUCUUUGGAUUUGAAUUUGCUAGGUGCUGCUCGUUUAACUCAAUUGAUGUUGCCAUUGUUGCGUGCUGGUCAUGGUCGUGUUGUGUUUAUGACAUCUGGUCUCAACAAAAUCCCAGCACCCGCACGUGGCAUUCAAUGUGCCACCCAAGCUGCUGUUGAAUCCUUUGCUGCCUGUUUGCGCCAAGAAAUGCGUCCACGUUGCGUUGAUGUCUCUGUUGUGGCUGCUGGAGAAUUUGCUCCUGGUAACGGCUGGCUAAAUGAGACCGAUCUACGUGAACAGGCUAAAGAAAUGUGGUCUCAAAUGACCUACGAACAAAAACAAACUUAUGGUGAGGAUUAUUAUGAAGCUGCCAUGACAGCUGUCGAAAAAUAUUCCAAAGAAGGCGCCGACAUUCAACCCACUUUGCGUGUUUUGAUCGAUGCUGUUACCCGCACCUUCCCCAUGGCCCGUUAUACCCCAGUUACCCCCAAGGAAAAGAUUCAAAUCUUUAUGGCUGAACAUUUGGCUCCAUCUUUGUACGAAGUUUUGUACGGUGUGCCCAGAAAGUAAACAUGUGAAUGAUGCUUUGAAUCGAAAGUCGAUAUGUGAAUGUAGAAAUUUUAGAGCAAAUUUGUUUGUCAGAAACUUUUGUUUAAGAAUUUUUUUGUUUUUUACUCGAGAAAAAAAAAUAUAAUAUAAUAGCAUUUUUAAUUAGCAUUUAUGUCAGUAAAAUAUAUUUUGUUUGUUUUAUAAGAUUUUUUUUUUGUUUAAUUUUAUCAUUCUAUUUAAUUUUAUAAAAUUUUUUUGUUAUUCUGAUUUUUUAAUUUUAAAAUAAAAACAAAAAUAAACAAAUUUUAAAACAUAAUUAAGAACAA